CGCAUCCUCGUAGCCUUUGAUUUCUAAUACACACAACUACCAGAAUCUCACCAAGCAACUAAACAGCAACCUCACUUCAGUCACAAAAACAGUCAUGGCACCUCAUAUCGAAGCUGUUUCUACCAAAUCUGCCCCGGCUCCGCUGCCGCAGUUCUCACAGGCCGUCAAGCACAAUGGAAUGGUGUACUGCUCCGGAAACAUUGGAGCCAUUCCUGGGACAAAUUUUGAGCUGGUAGAGGGAACUGUUAAGGAUAGAGCGCGACAAGCUAUCAAGAACCUUGAAGCUAUCCUCAAAGAUUCCGGCAGCAGCCUGAGAAACAUCGUCAAGAUGAACAUCUACAUCACAAAUAUGCAAAAUUUUGCUCUUGUAAAUGAAGCAUAUGAUGAGUUCUUUACUUGGGAGCCCAAGCCAGCUAGAACUUGUGUAGCAGUCUUUCAGUUGCCAUUGGGAACUGAUGUUGAGAUUGAGUGCACUGCCGCCCUCGACUAGGCAAAAGAUAGAUUUAUAGUAACGAAAUUCUGAAUAAAUGCACUAGAAUAGGUUGCUUGAUCUGAUCACUUCCGACCUU